GACGGUCGGGGUUUCGGCAUCGGGGUCCUGGUCUUCGGGAAGCUGCGGGGGUUCUCCUGGUGGCCCGGCCGGAUCGUGUCCUGGCUGAUGAGCGGCCGGAGCCGAGCUGCAGACGGGACGCGCUGGGUCAUGUGGUUCGGAGACGGGAAGUUCUCUGUGGUGUGUGUGGAGAAGCUGAUGCUGCUGAGCUCCUUCUCCUCGGCCUUCCACCAGCCCACCUACAACAAGCAGUCCAUGUACCGCAAGGCCAUCUUCGAGGCUCUGCAG